AGCCCCUCUACUUAAGGCCCCCUGGGGGCAGGCUGGGCCUCGGAUCAGGCUGUGACCAUGGCUUUCACAGACCUGCUGGACGCCCUGGGAGGUGUGGGCCGGUUCCAGCUGCUCUCCACCACCCUGCUAUUGCUGCCCUGCGGGCUGCUGGCCUGCCACAACUUCCUGCAGAACUUCACUGCCGCCAUGCCACCCCACCACUGCUGGGUACCUGCCAACCUCACCGAGGCCACCGCCAACACCUCAGGUGCCUGGCUAAGGGCCAUGGUACCCCUAGACCGGCGUGGGCUCCCUGAAUCGUGCCGGCGCUUCAUUGAGCCUCAGUGGACCCUCCUGCGCCCCAACGCCUCUAUCCUCGGGGCUGCCACAGAGAGCUGCAAGGAAGGCUGGGUCUAUGACCGCAGUGUCUUCCCGUCUACCAUCGUGAUGGAGUGGGACCUUGUGUGUGAGGCCCGCACGCUGCGGGACCUGGCUCAGUCCAUCUACAUGGCUGGGGUGCUGGUGGGCGCUGCCGUGUUUGGUGGCCUGGCAGACAGGCUGGGCCGCAAGGCGCCCCUGAUCUGGUCCUACCUGCAGCUGGCGGUCUCAGGGGCUGCCACGGCCUACGUGAGCUCCUUCCGUGCCUACUGUGUCUUCCGCUUCCUGAUGGGCAUGACCUUCUCAGGCAUCAUCCUCAACUCGCUCUCGCUGGUGGUGGAGUGGAUGCCAGCGCGGGGCCGAACAGUGGCAGGCAUCUUGCUGGGCUUCUCCUUCACCGUGGGACAGCUUGUCCUGGCUGGAGUGGCCUACCUCAUCCGGCCCUGGCGCUGGCUGCAGUUGGCUGUCUCUGCUCCCUUCCUGGUCUUUUUCUUCUAUUCUUGGUGGCUUCCAGAGUCGGGACGUUGGCUCCUGCUGCACGGCAAGUCCCAGCAAGCUUUGCAGAACCUGCGCAAGGUGGCAGCGAUGAAUGGGAAAAGGGAGGAGGGCGAGAGGCUGACCCAGGAGGUGGUGAACUCCUACAUCCAGAGUGAGUUUGCGAGCGUCCGCACCUCCAGCUCCAUCCUGGACCUCUUCCGAACCCCGGCCAUCCGCAGGGUCACAUGCUGUCUCGUGGGGGUCUGGUUCUCCAACUCCGUGGCGUACUACGGCCUGGCCAUGGACCUGCACAAGUUUGGGCUCAGUAUCCACCUGGUACAGGCUCUGUUUGGGGUCAUUGACAUCCCAGCCAUGCUGGUGGCUACUGCCACCAUGAUCUACGUGGGUCGCCGGGUCACAGUGGCCUCCUUCCUCAUUAUGGCCGGGCUCAUGGUGAUCGCCAACAUGUUUGUGCCCGAAGCCAUGCAGACCCUGCGCACCGCCCAGGCGGCCCUUGGCAAAGGCUGCCUGGCUAGCGCCUUCAUCUGCGUGUACUUGUUCACGGGCGAGCUGUACCCCACGGAGAUCAGGUGCGCCUACAAAGUGGGGGGGUGUCUUACCCAGCCCUCUGACCUCCCUGCUGGUCCUCUGGUCCCUGGCCAUGGCCCCUCUGAUGUGCCCAUGUGCCGCCCACAGGCAGAUGGGCAUGGGCUUCUCUUCAGUCAGUGCCCGCCUCGGGGGCCUGGCCGCACCCCUGGUCACCACACUCGGGGAGGUCAGUGCCUUCCUGCCACCAGUGAGCUUCGGAGCCACCUCGAUCCUGGCCGGGCUCACUGUGCUCUGCUUCCUGACCGAGACCCGCAACAUGCCGCUGCUGGAGACGAUCGAGGCAAUGGAGAGAAGAGGCCGAGCAGGCCCUCGUGGGACAGCCACAGAAGGGAAGACUGAGGACGUCUCUCUCCAGCCGCUGGGAGCUUCGCCCCUCAAAGAUGCCAUCUAAACUCCCGGGUGCCUGGUACCCGCUGCGGUUCCUCAGCCGGGCUUCUCACCUGCUCCUCCAACACCCCAGGGCGAGGUCAGCCAAAGAACAUGGUGGCCUUUGCCCCAGAGCCACCCACCCUCAGAGUGGCCCCAGCCAGCAACAGCCCAUGAGCCUCACAAACAGCUCAAAA